CGCAUCAAAACGAUAUUUUAUUUUUACAUUACGUAUUUGGUUUCGCGUAGACUUGGACGGCGGUAGUUGAGCGGCGCGUUUUGUGCAACAAAAUUGUGUUUUUGGACCCUAAAAUGGAACAAAAUGAACAUUUGGAUAAUAAAAUAAUAAUUGAUCACCCGGCAAAAUUGUUUACCGCAACUUAACGCAGUUCAAAUUAGAAUUUAUUUUCGUUUAUUACAUUUGUUUCUCAUUUGUUUAUUAGCAACGACAUAUUGGGUUCGAUUGAUUUGUUAUUUUUACGUUUCCAAUGAAACUGUAACUUGAAGAAACUGUACUCCCGGACGGAAAGAGAUAUAGGAAGAUGGCGCUCGCUUCUUCCGUGAGCUUGUACUACUCCAUCGUGCAACGAGCCGCAAGACAUUACUUAGAAGAUUAUUGUCACACAGAUACCACAGCGCCCUAUGUGCUCUACAAAGAUGGCGUGGAGCGAGCUCCACCAGGAACGCAAUGGGGUGGCACUGUGCUCGACGGAGGGUACCAAAUGCAGCAUCAGAGUCCUGGCGGGCCCUCACCUCAGCCUGAGCCACAGCUGGCUUCUCCAGCACCAUCACCCUAUCCGCCCGCGCCUCCAUCUCAAGACCCGUCUGAUGAGGCGGCACAGCAACUGGCUCAACAGCAAGCUCAACAGCAAGCCCAACAACAAGCCCAACAGCAAUCUUCCACGGAACAAAUGCAAGUUGAACAACAGCUCAGCCAAGCUCAGCAAUCGCAAACACAGGACCAUCUUGAUCGUACGCCAUGCUUCGUCCCACAAGCAGACUUGCAACAGCAAUACGCGACACCGUACUUCAAAGAGGCCAGGCCCACUAGCCACAUGCUCGGUACUGGAGGCUUUCCUCUACACUACUUAAAACAAAACGGAGGAGUCCUAUCGCUAGAAGGACCCCUAGACCAAUAUUCUACACCUGAUUUGCGGCAUCUACCAGAUAUCGUUCAGCCUGAACAACCAAAACCUAGAAAGCAUAACCCGAACUCUGAACUGCGCCUGUUCAAGUGUCUAACCUGCGGCAAAGAUUUCAAACAGAAGUCGACGCUACUCCAACAUGAGCGGAUUCACACGGACUCGAGGCCGUACGGGUGCCCGGAGUGCGGCAAGAGGUUCCGGCAGCAGUCCCACCUCACCCAGCAUCUGCGCAUCCACGCCAACGAGAAACCUUACGCUUGCGUGUAUUGCCCGAGAUCGUUCCGGCAGCGCGCCAUCCUCAAUCAACACCUGCGCAUCCAUUCCGACGUAUCGCCGCAUCUGAUCUUCAAGAAUGGGACCACGCCGACGCUGUGGCCUCAAGAUGUGCCUUUCCCACCCGAUGAAAACAAAGAGGAAAUUCAAUCAGCGUUCGGCGACGCCGAUGGACAGAACGGCGAGCAACGUGGCUCUUGUUUUUCGCCCGGUGACACGGCGCAGUAUCCUGCGUAUUUCAAGGAUACAAAGGGACUUAACCACACAGUAUUCGGAUCAGGAUUAUCGCUGCAAUACUUAAAGGGCGGUAAGCUCCCUGAUGUUCUCGGUGGACGCGCAAUGCCACUGUACGUACGCUGUCCCAUAUGCCAGAAAGAGUUCAAACAAAAAUCAACAUUGCUCCAGCAUGGAUGCAUACAUAUAGAGUCUCGACCGUAUCCGUGCCCAGAGUGCGGCAAGAGGUUCCGUCAACAAUCACAUUUAACUCAGCACUUGCGUAUCCACACUAAUGAAAAGCCAUACGGGUGCGUAUAUUGCCCUCGGUUUUUCCGCCAACGAACCAUUCUGAACCAACAUCUUCGCAUACAUACUGGAGAGAAACCAUACAAGUGUACGCAAUGCGGGAAAGACUUUAGGCAAAAGGCGAUCCUUGAUCAACACACAAGGACGCACCAAGGGGACCGGCCAUUUUGCUGUCCAAUGCCUAACUGCAGGCGGCGUUUUGCUACUGAGCCAGAAGUUAAGAAACAUAUAGAUAACCAUAUGAACCCGCAUGCGGCUAAAGCACGACGCGCAGAUGCUAAAACUCCACGUCCGCUCCCGCCGGCUUCAGCUGUUGUGAAGCCCGAGCUGUACUUCCCGCAGUGUUAUGCUCCGCCGUUCCAGCAAUUCUCCAGCGGCGCCGAGUUCAAGCCGGCCGUUGGUCCCGGUGCGACCGUGGCAUGCCUGCCCACGCAGUGACCCGCGCCCCCGCGGUGGCCGCCAGGGCCUCCCGCGCCUCACCAUGCCCCGUCGCAUGCGCCCACGCACCACGACCUCUACGUCGACCGCCUCUACUGAGCCCUCCAGCCGACGUUGCUUGCCAUCACGACGUAAAGAGUUGCGGUACGCACCAGUAUACGACUCGCCUAUGCGAGCUUAUUUUAACGAGAUAUCGGAUCGCUGUAAACAUGCUUCGAUCAUUAAAUAACAAAUAUUCGAAAUCUGUCGCGAAUGUACAGUUUUCGAGAGUUCAGAUGAUUAGUGUUACCGUUCAAAAUGCGAGUAUAGAUAGCGUUUUUGCCCCGUAAUAUUAAGUUACCACGUAAGAGUUAGGUUUCUCUGUGAUUCUUCAGUCGAAACUUGCGUCUUGAUCCGAGCGGAUUGAACCAGAGAUUAGAAUUUAAAAACUCUUCGUUGAAAUAUAAAAAGUAAGAAAUUCUCUUUUACCACGUAACGGUAUUUCGCGAUGAAUGCUUUCGGGACAAUAUGGAGCCCAACAAAUAAUAAUGAACGUAGAUGUUAUGUUAAAUUUAUUUACGAGUGUUAAGAUUAUAGUAUCUGGCAAACGCAGGGUAAGGAGAAUGAUAAAAAAUGCUCAAAUCUUUAAAAGUUACUUAAAAAUUUCGCGUAAAAAUUGCGCUUUAAACUUAAUCGGUGUAAAAGUAAGAACAGUAAAACGAGAAAACAAACCAAAAACGUAGGUUACCUAUCGCCAUCAAACGUUUGUUUUAGUACUUACGAAGUUAAUACUGCAUUUAAUCUAGACGGGAUACUUUUAUCUCCAUAACUUGUAGGUGCCAAAUAAUUUAGUAUUCCGGUCAAUGUCCAUUGUUCAGUAACAAUAACAGAGUUAGAACAUCGUAAGGCCAGGCAAGGUAAUGAACACUAAUUUGUGCAUACACAGAAAAUGGAUAUCGACUGUACCAGCUUAUUUCAUAGGCCUAGUUAGGAUGUUACCAGUUUUUUCAACGAGACGAUUUGGAUGCAUUUACGUGGAAAAGAGCCAGACUGAGAAGGACUGUGAUAGCUAGGUAAGUUAGGCGUCUAUUUCGCUCAUUUAGCGUUUAAAAUUCGUGUAAACUACGAAAUAAAUGAGAACAAUGUCGUAUGAUUGAUAAAAAUACUCGUGAUUUGUUGUAUUGUUUUUGAAUCAAAAUUGUGGGGCCUUUGACCGCGCCUUUUCUCGACUGAUUUAAAUUUGUCACGAGUGAGAUUAGCGAAUUUUUGCCAAUUAGAUAACGUGUGAUGUCGCAAAGUGCUUUUCGAUGUAGGAACGGAGAGAGGGUUAUGCCAGAGAUAUGUUUUACUUAAUUUUAGCUUAGAAUAUCGUUCGAAUUACCAAGCAAUUCGAUCAUUCAUCGCGAAAUAAUUUAGCAAAUAGGAAAAAUAAAUAUAUGUAUGAAUGUUGAAGUAUUUUGGCGCCGACUGAGCCUCGUUUAUGUCGCGUCCUCAAUAGAUACAGGUAUCCAGAAUUACAUUACAGAAUAUGAAUAGGUUUUGAACAGAGGCAUGGUAUAUUAAAUAUAUCUUCUUUGUUGUAGCUUUUCUCUCCGAGUGCUCGUUUUCGGCGAGCUUAGGCCAAACGAUAGAAUACAGUGAGGGAAUUCAUUUAUAGCAGAAUAGAUCUGUUUUUUUGCAAGUUUUUCGUUUAAUGUAAGCUAACCCUUAGUCUUGACGACUAUAAACAACGCGGUGCCAGAAUACAACAACACAUUUUUAACGUUUUAUCAUCUCUGUUUGUAUGUAUAGACGACAUAUAUAGCUUAUUUUACGAUAUUAUUGUGAUGGUUUCGUUUUCCUACAGCAUAAGGGAUGUUACGUAUUAACUAGUAGAUAAUAGUAUGUAUUUGUGGAGGUACUUGUCACAUUAACCGGAUACCAUAGUUUUAAUUUGUCGCUAACCAAGCGACCGGACGUUUUAUUUCUAUGUUUGUUGUUGGUUUUACUAAAGAAAUUAGUCAUUGGACAGUUAUGAAAAUUCAAUACUUCCCAAUUCUGAGGAUCGAUUAAGUCAAUGAUGCGUUUCAUCACAAAUCCUUACUCAAACCCAAAUUACAUACAGCAAUAGAUUGAUAUCAGAAUUGGAGGAUCGAUCCGUCGCGUUUAAGUUUCUGAUUGAUUUUCCUAUCAAACUUUUGGAGGUUUACAAGCAAAAACACCAUUAUCGAAGAUUUUGAGAUUAUCUUCAGUGACUAUAUUUAUCCUCAAGUGAUCCUCCUGAGAGGUGAGGCGCUGCACGCCCGGCCACCCAACCAAUAGUUUACAAGCCAGUUCAGAAAGCUCAAAUUUUAUUAUCUGACAUCCAAACACAGACUAUAAAACUCGUUGAAACUAUGCCGUCACAGUCACCUAAUAAAAUUUGACCCACAAUAUUUACCCACCACAAUACAGCAGCCUUAUACAAUAAUAGUUAUAAGUAUUUUUAUACAGUUUACAAUAUAUAAGUUUAUAACGGCCGGGCGCGCAACGUCGCACUGUACAAGUUUGAAUACAAACACAAAAUACAGUGCCAUAGCCGAGAACUAACCUCAGAUGUAUAAUUAGAUUUUUAUACCGAUACAAAUGGAUUUAAUUUUUAAAUAUAAACAAAGGUGAUUAAGUAUACAGAGAUUAAAGAUGAUAUUUUAUACAUUUAUUACAUACAAUAUUAUUAAAGGUAAAUGUGAAAUAGACUUAACGUUUUAGUGUACCACGUGCUAAGUACCUAAGUAUCAGGAAAUCAGGUUUUUGUAAAUUACGCGAGGAGCGAGUGCUGGACGUCAAAUUUCGUAUGUCCGACGAAUGUUAAAAUCCGUUAUAACCUUAUCAGCGUAAAUACAUAUCACAAGCAGAGUAUAUGUUAAUAUUGAUUUUUCGACAAGUUCCAAAAAUUGCUCAUAUUUUUUCGUUAAUUUUUGCUCAAUUAUUCGUGUAUUAUGUUACUUGAGUUAGUUUUAUGAAGCCUUGUAUAAUUGUAUAAUGUUCUAGAGAGCACGGUUCCGCUUUUCUUUUAAUUAAGUGUGUGUUGUCAGUGUGAGAAUUCAGUUACUUGUCGUUAAUGCUUUGUGUUUAAUCUGUGCCGUCCAAUAUUUUUGUCACAGAUUUAUAUUUGAAUUUAAAUGUUGCAAUGUUUUUUUAUGACUUAACUCCACUGACUGUUAUUUAGGUUCUUUGCUAUGUUCGUAGCCUACGUAAUGUUUUUUUAAUCGCCAAUUUAAAUUUUACCAAUUCCUUAAAUGACACCUUAAAAAUCCGCUAGAACUGUUUAUUCAUCUAAUCUAACAUCGAUUUAUUUAAGGAAUGAAAUUCCUCUCACAACUAUAUUUUAUGUACUAAUUUUUGCAUUUAUUUGAAUGUGAAUUUACUAACACAAUAAUUUAAGAAAUUUCUUCUAAGCGAGUGCUAUCCAUUAUAUCACGUAAUACUUAUUUUAAGUUAAUAACAAAAGGAGAGAAUAAGAUUGCAUUGGAAAUGUAUACUUUGCAUAAUAUUAUAUUAUCAUGAGCGUCAAUUGUAUUAAAUACAAUAUAUAGCUAAGCUUGGUAAAAAGUAGGUUAUACUGAUUUGCAAUAUAAAUGCUAUUUUACGUUCGUGGAAAAUUGUAGUGUUUAAUAUUAUCAUAAUCUGUGUGGUGCUGUCAAACUCCCACAGAUAAUGAAACGAAAUUAAAAAACUGCAAUGCUAACAUGUCAUUAAUUAAAGCGCUGAGGCCUUACAACUUCAUAAUUAUUAAAACGAUUAGACAAAAAA